AUGUACCUCGGAGAAGUCCCGGAGAACGAACUGUGGGACAUUAUCAACAUAAACAUCGGGGCAACCACGUUAAUGACGCGAUUAGUAAUCGGGCAAAUGCAGAAACGUGGAAAAGGUGCGAUCGUGAACAUUUCGUCCGGUUCGGAGCUACAACCAUUACCAUUGAUGACCGUAUACGCUGCGACGAAAGUUUACAUUAACAGCUUCUCCGAAGCCAUUAGGGCCGAGUACUCGAGAUUCGGAGUAACAGUACAACACUUGACGCCAUUCUUCGUGAACACGAAGAUGAACGCGUUUAGCGACAGGCUACAGGUGUCCACUAUUUUUGUACCGAAUGCAACUACCUACGCCAAAAACGCGAUCGCCACGCUUGGAAAAGUGGACACCAGUACGGGCUAUUGGAUCCAUGGAAUACAAAAGAUUCUCACGAUAAUUCUGCCGACGCAAAUCAGGACGAAAGUUGGACUAUUUAUAAAUCAGAGUUUCAGGCAGGAUUACUUUAAGCAAAAGAGAACAAGCUAG